AUGGAUGACAAUGACGAGGAGGGCGAUUACAACGGUGACUUCUAUGCGAAGCUACCAGAAGGAGCCGAGGAGCCCCGGUUACCAACAUUUCAAAAUUUUUCAUUCGAGGCUAACCCAGCUGCUGAAGCUGGCUCUUCGAUUGCUCAACAAUCGACACAAGCCGACGGUGGGCAGCAGGAUCCGCAGCCCGAGCCCGACGAUGUAAACGACGAUUCAGUUCCAGUACAGGGCGGUGAUGAAGACGAAAAUGGAGAGGAAGAGCCAGUUACCUACGAAGCUCAGGAUCGGGCUGUAGGCCAGUUUAUGCAGCAAGUGAUACAAAAUGUCCAGCAGCAACAUCCCGCCGGCCAUGGGCAACAGCACACGGCACCAGUCCACCUCCAGCAACCAUCAGCCCAAACCCAGCAGCUUGCUUCGACCCUGCCGCCCGGGAGACAGCGACUACGGGUCGAGCGAACCAAUGCCGAGUUCGACACUCAAGAUCAGCGCAUCGAUUAUUGGCUCCGACGAGGCAGUAGCCACCUCCUAGGGGAUCGGCCUCGGGAAGCCGAGCAGCAAGCCAUGACGGCGGACGGGUGGAGAGCACGCUAUGGAAACAUGUCUGCGGCCGAGAGACUCGCUCAUGACAUCCCGACGCCCCCUGGGCAGCCCCCAGUUCAACAACGCACUAAGCGAAAGUGGUGGUCACCCGAGGUGGGCACGGGAAAAAAAAAACCCAAGCGCAAGGCCCAGCCCAAGACCAGGGGGCGGACGAAGAGGAGAGGGACGGCCCGGCCCCAGGGCGGCGGCGGCGAUGACGACGACGAUUACAAGAGUUUGGACGAGGGCGACGAGAAUUUUACGACCUACAUUCCCGAGCAGGCUUACGUUGCCGAGGACAAUCUACCCUACCUGAUGGGCAUCCGCGAGAUCGACCCCACGCUGCCCGCUGCUAAUGAUCCUGAGAUUCCUGGCAUGUUGACCGAAAACGGUAGGGCCGUUCUUGGUCCCAGAGGCGCACGGUUACGCAAUCUGCCGAUCCUGCCGCGGCGUAUCGGGGACAAGUGCCCGGGAUGGCUCAUAGAGGCGUGGAUGCGGUACGACAAGCGCGUAAGCAUACAGGACAUCGCCGAUCGCCUCCCGCAAGCCAAAAAACAGCCAAUAAAAUCUGCAAUUGACUACCGGGAAAGGAAAGGACUGUUCAUGAAGUCGCAGAAACAGCGUAAAAAUGUCAAAGAAGAAAAUGCGGCUCGGGACUUCAUUAUAGCUACGAAAACCGACUGCGAAGCUGCGGAUAUCUUGGACCCGCCCGCACCCAGGUCGGAGACUGAUGACCAGAGGAGGGAAAGAGUUGAGAGUUUGAGGCAGAAAAUCUUCCGGAACACGGUGUGGGCGUUUCACAGAGAUCGCAAUGGGGUGAUCCGGGGUAUCAAGCAGCCAGGCGGGGUUUCGGGUGCUCACUUCCCACUUCCCCCGCUCGCUGGACUAGAUGCUACGCGAUUGCGAGCUGCCAGCGCCAAGAGAAAUCAAUUAAGGACUUAUAGCAUUGCCGAAGGCAAUAGCACCAAGUGGGAAGCGUUUGCCGCAAGAUAUCCUGAAAUAUGCUGGGGCCACCGCCGAACUGGAAAAGGGCCCGCCGAGGAUGAUACUAAUAAUGCCAGCGAGACCUCCAUGUCCGCUGCAGAUCCAAGCACGCAAGGAGACCACAACACAGCUUUUAUCCCGACUAGCGGUCUCAACAUAGCUGCUGAGGAGAAUUCCAACCCCUCGACAGCCGAAGAAGCGAUGGCAGCUCUUUCCAGGGCCAGAAAUAGGCAAGGAUCUCGUUCUCGUGCAAAUGCCGACCCAUCCACGGUUCUUUCCACGCACACUAGAGAAAGGAGUAAUCAGGCAGAGACAGUAGAUGACCAGACGGAGGACGACUUUGAUCCUGGAACCGAGGCGCCAGAAUCUACAACAGAAGACCAACAGAAACAGCCACCCAAAGACGCCAGGAUAUGCUUUGACUUCGUCGAGGAUGAGGUGCUCCAUAGACUUGAACUGCAAGCACUGGCAAAUCUACGCUUUCGUGCAGUGCUUGGAAUUCCCGAAUGGGUACAACGGCAGUUGAACCAGCUAUCCCAAGAACAGCAAGGCACGGACGCUGGAGAACAAGAGCAGGAAGAUACAUUCGGGCCAAGACAAACAGUAGACAUUGUGAGGGAAGCCGUGCGUGCGGGUAGGGAGGCCAUUCGCUUGAAUGUGUUCCGCAACCAAAACUGGCGAUAUAACCACAACAACCUACAAAGCGACCGCGAAUCAAAUAAUAGAGUCCUCGUGUUCCGAUCUGCCAUCACUCUCCUGACCAUCCUUCGCCAUCAGACAAAAGAUAAUAUCAUGUCCGCGCUCGAUGAAAAUGACGAAGACCUCUUAGCAAUGUACGCGGGCGAGAACGAGCAGGCAAGGAAAGUCCGCGACGAAUUUGCGUGCCUUGUCACACGGCAUGUGAAUAAACAUUGGAGGGGAUAUUUCCCAGAAGAUUUCGGGUUUGGUCCGGAAUACAUAGAAUCACCAUCCAGUACGGCUGGUGGCGCAACACGUUCUUCGGCCACCGGAAGCCAAGGUCAACAAAAAAGCCCAUCGCCGACGAGACCACAGAAUGCCAGAAAUAGGCCAGAAAUGGGUUCUCCGAGUCAGCCAGACGACAACGACGACAACGAUGACAACGACGAUGACGGCGGUGGCAGAGGUGACGGCGAUGGCGGAGGUGACGGCGAUGGCCAAGAUGGAGAGGAACCAAUGGAAAGUAUGGAAUCAUUAAUGAGACACCAACUGGCUGAGCGGCAGCAAAAGCAGCAGCAGCAAGCGCAAGACGCCGCCCGGCAGAAUCUGGCCCCGAGUCCGAACACGACCACCAACAACCAACCGGAUCCCAAUCAACAACAACACGAGCAAGGAGAUACGGACAAGCCAAGCACCGAGGCCACUCCUCGACGAAGAAGUUCUCGCAGCGCGUCAGCAGCAGCAAAGGCAGCAAUACAGCAGCAAACAACGCCCACCCGAACAACGAGAAGUAGCCAGCAUAAGCGAGUGCCAUCGGACCAAAUCGAUCCGAGUCUAUAUGGCCUAGGCCUCGGGGGGCCUCAAGCAUCACCGGGAGGAGGAGGAGGAGGAGGAGGAGCGGAAGGACCCAUGAGUCCGCCGCCGCGACCAGCAGCCAUCAACACGAGCCCACGCACGCCAAAUGGUCGAAGGCAGGCACCGGUGAAUGCGUUGUCCCCUCGCCGGAGUCCGCGGCUGUUGAGGGGGAGUCAGGGGAGUGCUCAGCAGCAGCCGCAGCUGCCAGUGGAAACCGAGCCAACAGCUAAUACGGGUGACUGGGAGGAUGGUGAUGUUUAUCCGGGCGACGAUAUGCUUCACGGCCAUGCCAGAGAGUCACCAAACACGGCGGGAGAGCUCAUGGAUCAGUUGACACAGGAGAAUGGGCGGUUCGCUUACCCAUCACCACCAAGUGCCAGAAAGUCUAGAAGCCAAGCUGGAAUGUAUGGCAAUGGGCCUUAUUAUAUUGAACCGCAGCACGGGCUGCAGGGGCAGCAGCAUCAUGCAUCGUACGGUACCGAUGUCCACGAGCAUGACCCGCUUGCUCAGAUGCAAGGUCCAGGACAGAUGUGGCACGAUCAGCAGCAGCCGCAUCAGCCGCAGAUGCCAGGGCCACGGAAUAGUUUCGAUGAGAUCGGACAACGGAUCGUGACUGAAGUUGGAGGAUGGAACAUGACUCAACGGCAACAAGAGCUGGAGCAGAUGCUGCAGCAACAACAACAACAUCAGCGACAGCCGUUACCGCAAAGUCAACAACUCGGAAUAAUAUGGCAAUACUCAGAUCGUAUCCGUCAAUUAGACCAAGCACAAGGACGAGUCCGCCCGCAACGGCCUCCAGCCACGCACCCACAUCCACCGCACCCUCCCGUCCUCCCGCCCGCCCAACAACCCACGGCACAAGCACCGAUCACAGACCCCCAGCUCGAAGCAACCGCCGCCGCCACCACCGCACAAGCCCCGUCCACUCAGCCACCACCUUCGGCGCCGGAGCCACAGCCCCAGCCGCAGCCGAAACCAGCAGCUAAGAAGACAGCCGGCGGCGCCGGCGCGAGAGGGAGGAAACGAAAGGCCUCGGAAGAUCCAACAGACAACGCCUCGACCACCCAACAGCAGCAGCAGCCGAAGACGAAGGCGAAGGCGGCGACGAAGAAGACAGCCACAACGGCGGCGGCAAAGACGAGGGCGACGACAGCACCACCACCACCGCCGCCGCAGAAGAAGAAGAAGAGAGCACAAACGCCGGCGGCAGCGCCAGCGCCAGCGCCGCCUGACCCGUCGACGAGGCGGAUGACGAGGGCGCAGACGGCUGAGGCUGCUGAGGCUGCCAAAGCGGAGGAGUCGGGUCAGGGUGAUGCUGCUGCUGCUACUGCUGCUCCUGCUCCUGCCGAAGAUUAUGGUGGUGGAGCCGAUGGGGAAGGUGGUGCUGGGGAUGAUAAGGAAGCGGAUGAUGCUAAAGCGACGACGGAGCGGGCGCCGGUGAAGCGGAAGAGAGGAGGAGGAGGAGGAGCUGCGAAAGCGCCGUCGAGCCGCCUCCAGAAAACCCGGAAGGCGGUCAAGGAUGGUAGGGUUAGCAAUGUGCAUGAGGUGGUGGGAGACCCGCCAAAAGGCACUAGGGGUAAAGGAUCGACGCAGCCGGGGAAGAAGAGGAAAUUGAUGGGUGAGGAGAAGGAGGAGGAUGAUGAUAUGAGGGAUAGAGAUGAUGAUGAUGAUGGUGAUUUUGAUUACAAGGAAGAUUAG